AUGUUUAAAACAAUAUAUUUAUUUAUCACAAUAGUUUUAAAUUCUAUGUUAUCAUUUUCUCAAGUUAUAAAUUUUGGAAAAUGCCCACAAGUGGAAACCAUGCAGUACUUCGAUUUAGAGAGAUUCCAAGGUUUAUGGUAUGAAAUCGAAAGAUUCCCCCCAUGGGGCGAAAUACGAGGUGAAUGCGCACACAAAAGAAUACAAGCUUGUGGCAGAAAAGUGGAAAUAGAGAACGACUUCGUUAAAUAUGGUAUACAGUUCACAUUUCGUGUGAACAGUACGUACGCCCCCGGAGACGAGGCUGUUUUUGUAAUUGAAAAAAGUUAUGUUGAUCCCUCCUCCAUACCCAUAUCGGUAAUAACAACGGAUUACGAAAACUAUGCAGUAAUCUACGGUUGCGAGUACAAUGAAGAAUGGAACCUAAUGUUUAUUUUAGGUUGGGUAUUAUCAAAAACGCCGACCCUAUCGCCGGAACUAACCGAAGAAGCGAGAAAUCAGCUGAUCUCUAUACCGUUUGCGAAUGCCGCUUACCUGGAGAAGGUUCACCACGGACAGAAAGACUGUGCACACCUCUGGGUUGCUCAUAUAGAGAAUGCAGCUAUUAUCGAUACUGACGAAGCAGAUAAUGAUUGA